AUGAGGGAGGACUUCCACCGCACGCGGCCAGGGCCGUUCCUGGCUGGGCACUGCUCCCUGCACUGGGUGGGCGAGACGUACGCUCGGCUGCGGGACCUCUUCGGGCGGGAGCGUAUCAUCGUGAUCGCCCAGUUGCAGGAAACGCUGAGCUGGCUGCGCCGUGCCAGCGCCGACGAGACCUCUGCCGCAGCGCUGGCCGGCCGCGCAUCUCUGCUGCCGAUGUUGCGGGGCCGCCUGCUGGAGACCGAGCGCGCCUGCGCUCGCCUGCUCGCCGACGGCGGGUCCGACUACGACGGGCCAGACGUCAACGCCGCCACGGUGCUCCACGUGCUGCGCGGCGACGCGAGUGCGCUGGGCGAGAGGCAGUCUCGGAGGGUGGUGCCUCGGCGGGGCGUCGGCAGCCUGUUGCUCCUGCUGGUGUCUCACGGCAACGCCCACCCGGCUCAUGCCGGCGCGCGCCAGCACGAGUGGUAUCUGCACUUCCCGUACCCGGCGCCCGCCGGCGACGACCAUUUGUACGACGCCGUGUCCUACAGGGGCUUCGAGCAGGUGGACCCGCACCCCGAGUGGGACUGGGGGGCGCCCAAGCGGCGCUGGCGGCUCUACGCGCAGAUGCUCUUCCAGGCGCACCACGAGGCCCUGGUGCAUGCACCCCGCCGCCGACUGGUGCUGUUCCACCAGUUCUGCCUCAGCGGCGGCGCAGCGGAGUUCAUGCGGAAGCCUGGCUACAGGUCUUACUUCGGCACUCGGCAGUGGCCGAUCUUCACCGUGGUGACCGCAGGCUGUUUCGAGCCUGCGCUGGGGAACUUUGUAGACAUCUGGACCCGGGAGUUCGCCGAGGCCGCUCAGGACGGCCGCGGCAGCAGCCGCACCCUUGGAGACGUGUACGACGCCGCAGAGCGGAAGUACUGGGAGGCCAACCCGGAGCUGCGCAGCCUCAACGCGCGGCUGGCGCGAGCAGGGGAGGCCGCGGCGCCCGAGAGCGAGGACGCCCCCACGACGGUCGGCACCAUCGGCUGCGAGUCGGGGCAGGACGGCGGACUGGCGGCUGGUGUCGCCGCGGCGCGGCGGCCGCGGCGGCGCAGCUCGGAACAGGCCGAGCAAG